AUGGUUACAAAAACGGUUGCUAAGUAUGGCGAGUGGAAGAGUGAGAUCAGCAUUGAGGCGGCGACCGCUGGAAGUCUGGCGCUAACAUCUCCCCGCACUGACUUCCGCACAGGGCGAGCAUUCUUUCUUGAAUCCAAGCCCACUGGUGCGUACAGCAUCGUCGAGGUGCUUCCGGGCGGGGAGCUGAAAUAUGUCUUGCCGGAGCCGUGGAGCGCCAGUACCAUUGUGUAUGAGUAUGGCGGCCUGCCCUACGCUGUCUUGCCAUCCAAAGAAGGCGAGAAUUUGCGGAUUGUCUUCUCAGAUGCCAAGGAUACCUCAUGUAACCUGCUCGACGUUGAUGCGGGUACAGUGAAGACCCUCGCGAAGGCACCUCACCUCCGCUAUGCCGACUUUGGCCCGCACCCUGAAACCCCUUGGGUGCUGGCAAUCCAGGAAGACCACUCAAACCCGGAGCCCAAGGACGUCAAGGAUUACAUUGUCGCGAUCAAUAUCAAGACGGCCGAAGUGAAGAGGAUCGUCGAGGGCGCCGACUUUUACAAGUACCCACGAUUCAGUCCAGACGGCAAGAAAGUGAGCUGGGUCGAGUGGGAUCAUCCCGACUUGCCAUUCCUGAACGCGAAGCUUUAUUGGGCAGACUUCAAUGAUGAUGGGUCCGUCGGGAAGCCUGAACUCGUCGCCGGAGAAGACGGCCAACUGGUGGGCGAGACGAGCUGGUCGCCAGAUGGUACGCUGUAUUUCACGCAGGAGAAGACCGGCAGCAACUAUCGGCAGCUGUUCCGCAUCAAACCAGGGGAGAAGGAACACCCGCUCAAGCUUAAGGGCUUGGAGAAUGUAGAACUUGGAGAUGCGUCGUUCUUUAUUGGACCGCAAUCGUUUGUUUUUCUAUCCGAUAUGUCAAUGAUCUUGACUUAUUGCGACAAUGGCGCUUAUAACACAGUUCACGUCGACCUAAAUACUGAAGAGUGGACGGCUCUUGACGUCCCACUCCCGGACAUGCGUUUCGACGUCCUCGCUGCCUUGUCCUCGACUUCAUUCUUAAUCAUCGGCAGCGGAUAUGCCGUUGCCCAGGCCGUGUACCGAUACGACCUUGACUCGAAACUUAAGGCCACAGAGACCAAACUACGUAGCUCAACUACUCAUUCAUUCCCAUCCAAUAUCUUCUCCAUCCCGGAGCAUCUUGAGGUCCCUUCCAAGCAUGAGCCAAAGCGAACCGUCCAUGGCUUCUUCUGGCCCCCUCAUAACCCCAAGUUCGCCGCGCCUGAGGGGACUCUUCCACCUUUGAUCGUGAAUCCUCAUGGAGGACCUACAGGACACACCCCUCCAGGGGUGAAGAUGAUCGCUCAAUUCUGGACCAGCCGUGGCUUUGCGUACUUCAGUAUCAACUACACAGGGUCUUCCGGACACGGCAAGGCUUAUCGCGAGGCACUUUACACACAGUGGGGCAUCUUAGACCGCGAUGAUGUGCCAGAAUGUAUCGACUACCUAGCAUCGACUGGCCGCGUGAAUCGAAAUCGAGUCGGCAUCGAGGGAGGCAGUGCUGGCGGCUACAACGUCCUGCAGAGUCUAGUGUGGCAUCCUGACGUGUUCGCGGGCGGCAUCAGCCUGUGCGGCGUUAGUGACGUCAAGACGCUGGAUGAGAAGACGCACAAGCUUGAGCUGCAUUACCUCGAGAGUCUUCUCUUCACUCCAGACAUGAGCAAAGAUGAGCGCGACAGGAUCUUCCGCGAGCGCAGCCCGGUGUUUCACGCCGAGCGCAUCACCGCGCCGUUGCUGCUGAUUCAUGGCGAAAACGACACCGUGGUGCCCAUUGCGCAGAGCUACGAGAUUAAGCGAAGGAUCGAGGAGCGUGGGGGAGAUGUGGACAUGUUGGUGUUACCGGCUGAGGGACAUAUGUUUAAGAAGGUUGAAAACUUGAAGUUGUAUCUAGCAGCUGAGGUCAAAUGGUGGGCGAAGACGUUGCUCAAAGAGUGA